UUGAUGAUUGAAUGCUUGUGACAAAAACUCGUGACUCUCAUGGAACGAUCAGUAUAACAGCAUGCGGUCGUCGAUGUCGCUUACAAUGGAUGUGUUCACAAGAGAGUUUCGUCUACGGAAUUUCAGGUUGAGUUACCCCAAUGGCAGAGUCUUCGCUGAAUCGCCGUGGCUCCCUGUAUCAUGUGUUGUAGGAUAUCGACUCUUGGUUACCCUGUACUGCGCUAGCUGGAUAAUCUACAGUGUUAUCAGAGACAACACUUGGAAAUGGCUCAUUUACCUAACAGACUGGUCUUUUCUGUGCGUGACUACUUACUUUGUGUGCAGCACUCUUACUUCUCUUAUAUAUUGGGCACAUCAUCAUGGUAAACUUAUGGAUAAUGAAUCAGGGCAUGCGUGCACUCCAGAGGAACAAACGUCUUCACAGAGAGAUCCUUAUUCACAUACCACACGUGUGACUCCUGAAUCAAGUGACUCAGGGGAUGGUUCGCAGCAAGAACAGUAUUAUGACUCUUAUGAGGAUACUGAACAAAUCGAAGCAUCGGCACAAGCUCAAGAUAUUGAUGAAAGUGAGAUUCCAUUGGUUGUUGUAACCGUAGAUUAUUGCCAAACAUGGUAUCACAAAGUCACGUGGCUGUUUUACAUCAUCGCUGCAAACAUUGCGCCUGUUGUAACAGUAGUGUUCUGGAGUUUUUUAUAUUCAGGAGGCGCUGUUCAUGAAAUAGAUAUAGCUUUUCAUGCAAUGAACUCGGUUUUUAUGUUGAUAGAAACUUGUCUUAGUUCAAUUCCCGUAUGUCUUUUCCAUGUGGUUUACGCUGAGCUGUAUGGAAUUAUAUACGUUAUAUUUACAGUGGUGUAUUGGCAGAGUGGUGGCACUGACACCAAUGGCGAAGACCACAUUUAUCCACUCCUAGAUUAUGGGCAUAAACCAUAUAUUACUGCUCUAGCAAUCACUGUCAUUGCACUAGUUGGGCUUCCUUUGGCUCAGUUGUGGAAUUUCGGAAUGUUUACACUGCGGUGUCAUUUUAACAGGAUGAGAAGUCGUCAAUAAUCGAACAGUAGAAACUCUGUAUUUCCAUCCAGAACAAAUAAAUUAUAGGUUUUUAUGUUCCUGCAUUGAGGUAGACUGGUAUCCAAAGUUUGCAUCUUUGAUUAAAUCGCGAC